AUGACCUUCCUCAAUCUUCUUCUUCUUCAAAUCCUGUCCCUGUCCCUUUACCAGAGGGGAAUGAUAUACCCAUCUGAUGAGCAGAGAACUAUGACCAAGAUUUCAUCAGUUUCAAGUGAUAUCGAUGUCUUUGGCGAGCGGCAUCAAAUUCGGUGGCAAGGUCGCCAACCCACCGUAGACCUACACAGAAAUGAAGAGGAAGAAGAAGGAAAUGGGCCUCUUAAAGAGGGUAAUGUUUCACUUGAAUUCCGUCUUACUAUUUUGCUCCCCGAGCUUGCUGAAAAAACCAACGUGUAA